GUAAAUCAAAGCCACAUGUUUCCUUCUUCUCUUGAUAACCAACAAAGCCAGCUUGUUUUUGUAGACUACUCGUUUUAUUUUUCAUUUCUACCAAAACAUAGGCGAGAUUUAGGCAGAAUUUUUGGCCUGAAAUAUUAAUUUAGCUCAUCAUCAAAUUGAUUUUCAAGUUUCAGAUUUCUUAAAUCUCAUCUCAGGCAAUCUUGAUUUCCUCAUGGACCCGGGUUCGACGAAGAAGGAUGCUGUUGAGAUUCCAACCUUAUUUACUGUGAUAUCAUCUAAGGAAAUUGAGGGAUUUGAUACUAUGGAAGGGAUUGACAAGGUUGCAAGGGAAGCUGAAGCAAGAAUUGGGCCAAAGAUGAAUGAUGCUACAAAUGAGUCUGACAGAAUUCAAUCUGUUUCAAUUAGCAUGCCAUCUUCUCCACUUGGAAGUCGUUCACAAACCCCAAAAAAGGUUAAUUUCAAUGAUAAUACUCAGGAAAUAUCAUCCAAAGUUGUUCAUCAUGGUUCUCCAUUAUCCCAUGAGACUCUCUCUCAAACAACUGAAGCCAAAUAUUACUCUCAACCCAUGCCUAGACCUGUAACAUAUGUUGAGGGUGCUACUGGAACUAAAACUUCUCAAUUUUCGGGGCCACAAGCAAGAAAUCCUCAUGUUGAACGGCUCAAGGAUGCGAGGUACGAUUCUUUCAAGACAUGGUCUGGAAAACUUGAGAGGCAGUUGUCACAAUUUCGAGGAAAACCAGUUGAACCACAGCCACCACGGGGGCCUCGUGAUCCUGCAGAAGGCGAGGCUUUGCCUGUGGACCGGUAUUUUGAUGCAUUGGAUGGGCCUGAGUUGGACACUCUUCGUCCACAAGAGGAAUUGAUGCUCCCUGAUGACAAGACAUGGCCAUUUCUUCUUCGUUUUCCUAUUGCUUCAUUUGGUAUAUGUCUUGGUGUGAGUAGUCAAGCCAUUUUGUGGAAGACCUUAGCAACUUCACCCUCAACAAGUUUCCUCAAUGUUAGCCUUAUAGUUAACUUGGUUCUUUGGACAAUUUCCGUUGCCUUGGUGGUGGUUAUCGGUAUAAUCUAUGGUUUGAAAAUGAUCUUCUUCUUUGAGGCAGUUCGGCGUGAGUAUUACCAUCCAAUCAGGGUGAAUUUCUUCUUUGCUCCAUUAAUUGCCCUCCUAUUCCUGGCACUUGGUUGUCCACAACACGUGACUAAAGAGCUUCAUCAAGCUCUAUGGUAUGUGCUUAUGUUCCCAUUCCUCUGCCUUGAGCUUAAGAUCUAUGGUCAGUGGAUGUCAGGAGGGCAACGUAGGCUCUCCAAAGUGGCUACCCCUGUGAACCAUUUGUCUGUCGUUGGCAACUUUGUUGGAGCUUUGUUAGGUGCAUCUAUGGGACUCACGGAAGGACCUAUCUUUUUCUUCGCGGUUGGCAUGGCGCACUACACUGUUUUGUUUGUGACUCUGUACCAACGUCUUCCUACCAAUAAGACACUUCCCAAGGAACUCCACCCUGUGUUUUUCCUCUUUGUUGCAGCACCUAGUGUUGCAUCUAUGGCUUGGGCUAAGAUCCAAGGCUCUUUCGACUAUGGAGCUCGCAUUGCUUACUUCAUCGCCCUCUUCCUCUACUUCUCCUUGGCUGUUCGGAUCAAUUUCUUCCGAGGAUUCACAUUCUCGUUAGCAUGGUGGGCGUACACUUUCCCUAUGACAGGAGCAGCUAUUGCUACCAUAAGAUACGCAAAUGAAGUGCCAAAUUGGGUGACCAAAAGCUUGGCUUUGACCCUAACUGCUAUUUCUACACUAGUUGUUACAGCCUUACUUGUGACUACUCUCCUCCAUGCAUUUGUGUUCCGCAACCUAUUCCCUAAUGACAUUGCAAUUGCCAUCAGUGACAGACCAGCUAAGCCGCGUAAAAAAUGGUUUUCGCACUUGAGACAUGGUAGCUCGGACACCAGAGACAUUGAACAGUACUUGAAGUUUGUUAAUACUGAAGGGACUGACUUAGAAGCUUCUGCUGAACAUCCUACAAGCAAUGUAAAGGUUUAGCUGCUAUAAGUCUAGAAAUUCUAGCAACAUAAUCAGAUGAAGGAAUGCAUGAAAGACACUUGAAAAUAUGUCACACUCCAACUAAGAAGCCGAUGAAUUCUCUAUCAUUUUGAAGAUUGAGAGAGAGGCCAGGCUUUCAAAAUGUUAGAUUAAAUGUUAUAAAUUUGCAGUUUGUACAAAGAGUUUGAGGACUAUGAAGAGAGGUGAGGCUUAAUGAAAAAGGAUCUUGUAGUUAGUGUAUCACUUAAUAGGGAAUCAUGUAUCCUUCAAGCUAUAUUGUGAGAAAGUUUACCUUCUAUAAUUAAUCAUAUCAACAAGGUCCUCAACCUAAUGAAGAGCUUUUUUCGAUCUUAUAUCAAGUAUCAUUUUGUUUUGUUGUUCA